UUCUUAUCAAUUCUUCAGUUUUAUCGCCGUUUGUGAAAAGCCCCAAUUUCGCCGUUUGUGAAAAGCCCCAAUUUCGCCCUAAAUCUCCAUAUCCAUCGCAAUUGAUAGCUCGAAUCCAUUUUUGAGGCAUGUCUUUCUUCUUCCUCCUAAUUUCGUUAUUUGUUUCGAUUAUUUGUGAUUUCAAACAGCUUUUGAUUUCGAUAAGGGUCAGAUUUAGUUAUCUGUUUUGUUAGGGUUCGAUUUAUCUAGAUUUAUUUCGUUAUCUGUUUUUUAGGGUUCGAUUAUUUACAGAUUUUGAGAAUGUGGAGUUUCGAAUCCAUCUGUUUUGUUAGGGUUCGAUUAUUUACAGAUUUGACUCAAAAAUAGCUUUUGGAUUUGAGUAUUUGCGCCUUCAUAAACUGAACGAUUUUUUUUUUUUCCCAAGUGUUGGUGAUUGAAAUGUUGGGGAACUGAAGCUUCUCAUUUCUCUGUACUCACACAACAGAGCUGAUCCUGGUUAUAAAAGUGGAGCUUGGAAAUUUGUAAGGGAUGUGUCUGCGGCUUUAGGUGACAUAGAAAUGAUAAUAUGUCCUUGUAAAGACUGUCGUAAUGUAGUACGACAGUUAAACAGUGUUGUGGUUGAGCAUCUUGUAAUAAGAGGGAUGGAUGAGGCAUACAAGGUGCAUAGUGAUUGGUAUCAUCAUGGAGAUGUGAAGUCAGUAGAUGAAUUUCAAAGUAAACCAACUCAGUGGAAUGAGGAAGUUUUUGAGUUAUAUAAAGCUGCUGAAUUUUUUGAUCAAGAGUUGGCUUUUAGAGGUGACUUAGCUGACCAACCUGUGGGCGACUUAAGUGAGAUUGCAGAGGGUGAGGACCAACAAGAGGAUGAGUUCCUUGCAAAGAUCCGGGAUGCUGAAACCCCACUAUACCCUAGCUGUUCAAACCACAGCAAGUUAUCGGCUAUUGUGACUUUGUUUAGGAUUAAGACACAUAAUGGCUGGUCGGAUAAGAGCUUCAAUGAACUGCUUCAGACAUUGCCAAGCAUGUUGCCAGAUGGUAAUGUCUUUCACACAUCAUUGUAUGAUGUCAAGAAAUUUUUAAAGAGCUUUCAUAUGGGAUAUGAAAAGAUCGACGCAUGUGUUAAUGAUUGCUGCCUCUUCAGAAAGAAGUUAAAGAAGCUUGAUAAAUGUCCCAAAUGUAAUGCUUCACGGUGGAAGACUAAUAAGCGGACUAAUGAGGUAAAGAAAGGUGUCCCACAGAAAGUAUUAAGAUAUUUUCCAAUUAUACCAAGGCUGAAGAGAAUGUUCAGAUCAGAGGACAUGGCUAAGGACUUACGGUGGCAUUACACUAACAAGAGCACUGAUGGAAAACUUCGACAUCCAGUAGAUUCUGUUACAUGGGCUCAGAUGAAUGAGAAGUAUCCUUCAUUUGCAGCUGAAGAAAGGAACAUACGGCUUGGGCUGUCNAAGUGA